GGGGCCUGGCGGGGUGGGCGAGGCCUUGUUGCCGAGGCCGCUCCGCGCGCUCGGCGCUCCCUAGGGGUGCGCUCGGCGCUCGGCCGGCGGCCUGCGUAGUGCGUGCGUCGCCCUCGGAGGCUCCGGCGCCACCAUCAUGUCUACGGCCAUGAACUUCGGGUCCAAGAGCUUCCAGCCGCGGCCGCCGGACAAGGGCAGCUUCCCGCUGGACCACUUCGGUGAAUGCAAACGCUUCCAGGAGAAGUUCAUGAAGUGCCUCCGCGAUAACCAGUUCGAAAACGCCUUGUGCCGACACGAGUCCAAAGACUAUUUAGAAUGCCGGAUGCAGAGGCAACUGAUGGCACAAGAACCACUGGAGAAGCUGGGGUUUGGAGACUUGGUGGAUGGAAAGGCAGACAAACACUGAAUCCUCCUGGAAGACCACCGGCGGGCGUCUGGGGCGGAGCCGGGGCGCUGACCUGUCACCCUGAGGGUCACGCGGUGUGACUGAGGGUGUGACAGAAGGGCUUCCGAUCACUCGGCGGGCGGGGCUCACAGCGGGAAGGGCUCCUCCCUCAGCCUCCCAGGUCGCAGAGAGGAUCCCCCACCCCACCCCACCCCGAGUGAGCUGUCUGAAACGCUGGGAGGCCGUCUGGGAGUGGACACUGGGCCGCAUCUUGUAACAAUGGACAUUUGUGAAUUUCAGAAAACUUCCCUGGAAAAGUGGUUUUCUUACCCUUUUUUAUAAAACAAAACAACGAAAAAGUAGAA